UUAUAUUUUUAGAAAAAGUGCUUGUUUUACAAAAAUGUCGAAGUUUACAACUUUGUUAAUUGCAUUCGCUGUGAUAACUAUAACAUUAGCAGAAAAAGAAAAAGAAACCACAAAACCUUUAAAAGCUGACGCUAAAACAGAGAAAAAGCAAGAUAAACGUGGAUUAUUUGAUCUUGGUUAUGGAUAUGGUGGAGGAUAUGGAUAUGGAUCAAUUAAUCAUUAUGGAUUAAAUGAUUUUAACGGUUUAGACCAUGUAGAACACUACCCAGUCGUACAACAACAAGUGACCGUUGAAAAACAUGUACCAUAUCCUGUAAAAGUUCCAGUAGCUGUACCCGUAGCAGUCCCAGUAGAUCGUCCAUAUCCAGUACAUGUACCAAAACCAUAUCCAGUACAUAUCGAAAAACAUAUUCCAUAUCCAGUAGAAAAACCAGUACCAUAUCCAGUUAAGGUCCCAGUUAAAGUACCUGUUGCUCAUCCAGUGCCAUAUCCAGUACCAAAACCUUACCCAGUUCAUGUUGAGAAGCAUGUACCAUAUCCAGUAGCCCAACCAGUUUUAAUUGAAAAAGAAGUACCAGUAUUGAUAAAGGAUCAUGGUCAUUAUAAUUUUGGACAUGGUGAUUUAAAUGGAUAUGGUUUAGGUUCAUAUGGUAGCCAUGAAUUAGGUUCAUUUGGUAGCCAUCAUUAUUGAUAACAUAUAUUGUGAGACUAUGUACUGAUACACGAAAUAAGUGUAACC